CCAGGUGUCUGACACUGAGGGUUAAAUGCUGCAGCAGUCCCAUGGAUUUCCUUCGGCCGCUUUUCUUCAUUUUGCCUCUCAUCUUAGCUGAGUUGGAGAAUCCUUCACCCACGCCAUUGCGUGUGCGUGGCAACCUUGAUCGGGCGCGAGAACUGCAACGUAUUGCUGCAAAGGUGAAUAGAGAAACAACCUUGCCGGAUCUCGUACUUGCCUUGACGCGUCUUGGGCUGGUUGAACCCAGCUUGACACCUGCUGAGCUUCCGAAAUCAUCAGAUCCAGCAGCAUUGCGCCAAGCUGCUGUUGAGGAGGUCAAGAGACUGGAAGGUAGAGCCAACGAAUUGGUGGAUGCUUUGGCAGUGGAGCUUGAUAUAGCCGACACGCUGAAAUCGUUGGUCAACAGGAGUCGGUAUGUGGCGAACAUCACUGGCCGUGCUGGACCAUGUCGAAAGAGAGCUAGGGCGCUGACAUGGUUGGAGCAGAUGCGGUCGAAGCUGCCAGCAAGUGAGCAUGAAAAGAGUAAGUUGCACAAGCUGCUGAAAACCAUGAAGCCACACCUGAAGCGGAUACAAGAGGAGGCUAUGAUGGGUGAGCUUGCUCACAACACUACUUUGAAUCUCUGGAGAGAAUCAAAAGAGCUGGAGCAAAGGCAGAGGAUAGAGUUCGAAAGCGCUUUGCAAGCACUGAACCAUCUCAACAUCUUGGUGAAGGAAAGAACAAGCAAACUGCAGUCUGAAGUGAAGGUCAAGGAAGUGACAACUGUUCACAGGAUUUACAGGCACACUCGGACUCAUAGUUCGACCCUGGAUAUCACAGAGCCUUUUCCAGAGGGAUUUCAUAAGGAUCAUCCUCAAAAGAAGACUCCCUGCAACACUGAGACCAUACCCUUGCCACCCGUGGUCGGAGCGGUGGAUCCGGUGGCCAUACCGUUUCGCCCAGCCAAACCUCCAAGCAUUCCUCUCACUACCACAGUGGCUUCGACGACUGCAUCCAGCACGAGCACGCCUUCUAGCCUGAGUUCUUCAACAAAGGAUUUAGAAGAGGAACCUUGGGAACCUUCACCGGAUAUGCCGAGAAUUGCCAUCCCUGGUACUCCAGAUCCAGACAUAGACUCAGAGACGCACAGGAGGUUUUCCACCACAUCCCUGAAACCUACAUGGAAGAACAGCGCUGGCAUCAAUGCAUCCAAUUCCUCUUCAAGCUCAGCUCCAAGCACGCAGAACAGACCUUCCACGAGAGCCCUUCCCAGACCUUCCGCAGCUUUCCCACCGAACUCAUCAGAGGGUCUGACGGUGUAUGUCAUGGACCAUACGCUAGAGGAGAUGAUCUCCGAAAGAGCGCGACUGGGGAAGAGGUUGAUCGAGCUUGAGAAGGACAUAGAGUUGCGGGAGAGAAGGUCUACUGGUCUCCUGAAAGCGCAACUCCUUGCAGACGACGUUGCGCACCAACUGCGAGCAGCUUCCAAAGACCAUGCCAAAGCUGUUGCCCUCGUUUCGAAACAAUUGAAUGCCACGGAUGAUCGACUGCAGAGCGCCAGCCAUUUUUCCAGGAGCUACAAGAGGCAUCUUGGAGGGAGAGCAGCAAAAGCACGGAUCGGAGAGGAGCAGACAAAAUUGCAUAGAAUGGAGGAGCACACUUUAGGUCUAUGGACCAAUGUAAGGUCCAGCUUGGGGAAGCUCCUGGCUAUGAAAGAUGCUUUUCAAGCUCAAGCGAAAACAUUCCCACCAGCUAUCAGCUGAACGGAAAACUGCCAGGACCUGCCAGGGGUCAGGCAACGGAUUUACUCAUGAGGCUGCAAAAUUCAUUGCCAUACCCUGCCUUGCACACCUGCAAUCAACAUCAACUGGCGGUAGAGCUGCUGCCAAAAAUGUGUUGAUCCCGGGAUGGACUUCAUGACAAUGGCAGUCCGCGAU